GACAAUCACUCUUCACUGUUGUCUGAAACUCUUUUCUCUCUUCCACCCAAUCUGCUCGAGGACGUCUCAUUUGCCUUCUUUCUCAAUCGACAUGGCUGCUCUCCAUUUUUCUCGUCUCCCGGAUUCUGCUCUUCGGAAGUCUCUGAAACAUAUGAACAAUUAUCUCUAUCAGUUCUCUCAAAAAAUAUGAAGAAACUCAUCACAGUGCAGAAAAGAGCUCCGAAUUGUGUUCACAUAAACUUUUUCGAAUCAACUUCGUUGCGGCUGAAAACGAAAUCGUUUCCAGCCGUUAAUUUUGUCUUUAGCCUUGAUCAAUCGACUCUGACAGUAGAAAUGAAGAAAUCUAUUAGAAGUGAAAUGGAAUCUACCGAGUUAAAUGUUCCGGGAUUUACAAUCAAAAAAUGGAUCGAGCAUAUCAUUGAUGUGUUCUCUCGAAACAAAGACGUACAACUAAAUAUAAGAAAUGCACAAGGGAGAAAUGCUACCGAAAUUUUGGAACUUCUGAAACAAAUCAAUAUUGUUACAUUGCACAGUGAAUUGUUUGAAAUUCCAAAUAACUUUAUGAAAAUGUUUCCUUCGAUAGAAACACUUGGUGUUUUUACAGAGUCAAUGCCUGCCUCUAUCUAUAUUCAAAAUUUGAAGUGGGUGCGAGGAAGCAACGUGACUCUUAACAAUAUAUUAAUUUCAAAUUGUUCACAGUUUUUUACAAAGGAUUCACAGUUUUCGAGCAAAGAUUUCAACCUCUUGUUGAAGAAUUGGCUCAGGGGCUCAAACCCAUAUCUUUUAAAUAUCGUUAUGCUGUUCUCGGAAGCCAAUGAAAAUCGUUUGGUCGAAACUAUCAUUUUUGACGGUAUAACUGAUUGCAUUGCAUUGGAAGUGCAGGGAAUGAAGCAGUUCACAGUAGAGAAGCACGAUGGAACAAAAGCGACCGUUUUUUAUUGUGCAACUAGUGGGCGCUUUUUCAGUAUCGAAAUUGAUUGA